UGGAAGACCUGGAGAUACAGGAUGCCCAGUUCAUGAUAUGGCCCAGUAUUCCAGAUACCGGACCUUGUACGCUAAACUGACGGAGUCUAGUCAUGAGGAGGAUGAGGAGCAGGGAAACCUUGUAACAACUCAUCCUAUUCACCAUCAUCCGGCAGGAUCACAUGGUAUAUCCAACCCUCUAUCCAGUAUCCCAGAUGAAGACGAGCUUCCAAGUCCAACUCUAGAAUCUAUCCCUGGAGUCACGUGCACAAAUACUGACCCACCCAGGAUUGUUAACAACCAAUCAGAAGUCCAGAAAUCCUCAAAUAUAUCUGACAAUGUCGUCGGCGAUCAAUCCGCGGUCAGUGUAUGCGGGCCGGAAUUAUUGGUGGAAGGAGUUGAAAUUACGGUCGAUCCUACCCGUCCUAAUUAUCUCAAGUUAGGGGCCCACUCACCACAUCUUUCCUCCCCGAACCCCCGAUACACUUCACAAGAAAGAAACAGACGAAUUUCUUUAGGUGUUUACCCAGCAUCAGUCCAGCCGGUGGGCCGGGCAGGGGGUUCUACUGGACAGUACGGUAGUUUAACUAACCUGGUUGAGCCCCGGUACGGUCCACAGAAGUGCACCUCCGAAAAUGCGCUGCUAGCGCUGCAAGCCAAAUACGGAUACAGCUUCCAAUCCGCAGCGCAGACUACAGGAAUCAAACUCAGUAAAAGUGAUAACAAGCUGGCAGCCUCCAGACAAAGUUUGGAGGCCGCAGCAUCUGGUUUGGAGGCUGCAGCCUGUAGUUUGGAGGAUGUUGGUCGGGAAGGAGGUUCAAGCCGAGGGGAGUUAACGGAUUCAGAUGAAGACGACACUUCUAAACCUGUGAUUGGAGAACUAAGAACACUUCUCCCACAAUCUUCACACUCAAGGACUCCGACCAUAGACGAGGAACCGGAGGGGGAAGCUGAAAAGUUCCUCUAAAAAAAAAAGUUAAUAAUCGUCUAUUUGCAAAAUUUCUGGCAAAAUGUUUUAAUAAAAUCCGAAAAUGA